AUGGAUUCAUCGGAAGUAACGUUAUUACAAUUUGCGCCGUUUGAAUCUCGAGUUGAUACCGGAUUUUGGCAUAAAUUAGGUUCUUACAAAUUGAAUGUUCUCAAAUUGGAUGAAGAUGCUCAAGUUAUUCAUGGCUAUUAUAGAAAUGAUAACGCAGAAGCUUUAUCGUGCGGAUUUAAUGUAGACUAUGAAGCUUUCAACAGCAAGCUGAAUCAACAUCCAAAUCACUUUUAUUGUACCGGACACCUAUUUGUUAAAAAUACCGUUGAAACGUUCAAAGACUGUGAUAAGCUUGAAUUAUUAAACAGAGCGGGUAUUCAGCUUUGGGAAGACAUAAAAUCUGGUAGAUCGAUUGAGAAUCCCUAUUUACUUACACAAUUUUUAGCUUUAACUUUUACGGAUCUAAAGAAAUAUCAGUAUUAUUACUGGUUUGCAUUUCCUGUUGUGAAGCCUGUCGAAGACUUUCGGGCUACUCCUUCUAAGCCUAUUGAUUCUUUGUUAUCUAAUGCACAGAUUGAAAGCUUGCUAAGCGAAUAUGUAACUGUAUUUAAAAACUUAGGUAUGCCUUUCUUCUUACUUAAGAAAAUUGAUGGGCAAAGCGUCAAAUUAGGUUGCUUAAAGGAAUGGGGAGAUUUUUUUGAUGAAGUUGAGAUACCAACAGUUGUUAUGUGUGAUCCAAGCACUUUACAUACUAAUCCUGGAUGGCCUUUAAGAAACUUGUUAAUCUUGAUCGGAACUCAUUGGAAAAAAAGCGGCGAUAGAGUUCAGAUUAUAUGCUUAAGAGAUAAAACAAGAGAAGGAGCACGGAGCAUUUCCCAUAGUAUCACGUUUACGGUUUUCAUACCAAAAAUUUUGAAUAAGCUACAAGAUAUUCCUGCCUUUAUUGGUUGGGAAAAGAAUAAACGCCAGAAAUUAGGACCAAGAAUGAUAAAUCUAAGUUCUAGCUUGGAUCCUACUAAAUUAUCAGAAUCGGCUGUUGAUUUAAAUCUAAAGUUAAUGAGAUGGCGGUUAAUGCCGUCCUUGGACUUGGAAAAGAUUGCUCAGACCAAAUGUUUACUACUUGGAGCUGGAACAUUAGGGUGUAAUGUUGCUCGAUGUUUGAUGGGUUGGGGAAUUAGAAAUAUUUCAUUUAUUGAUAAUGGCAAGGUUUCAUAUUCUAACCCUGUUCGUCAGACUUUAUACUAUUUUGAUGAUUCUAUCGGAGGAGGCCGGCCAAAAGCUGAAACUGCAUCGCUACGUCUGAAACAAAUUAAUCCUAGCAUUAACUCUACGGGAUACUCUAUAUCAAUACCAAUGCCGGGUCAUUCCGUUAGCCCUCAAGAUAACAACGUUAAACAGGAUAUUGAAAAACUGGAACAGUUAAUCAGUUGUCAUGACGCUAUAUUUCUCCUCAUGGAUACCAGAGAAAGCCGAUGGCUGCCAACUGUAAUAGCAAAGGCCAAAAACAAGGUGAUCGUCAUCAAUGCUGCACUCGGAUUUGAUACAUUUUUAGUAAUGAGACAUGGAGCUAAUAAAGGUGAUCAUUCCAGACAACAAUUUGCUGUUGAUGACAGCCAAUUUGAAGAUUCUUCUGCAAUAAUACCUGGAGCUGAUCUUGGCUGCUACUUCUGUAAUGAUGUGGUAGCACCAGGAAAUUCCACAUAUGAUAGGACUCUGGAUCAACAAUGCACUGUUUCAAGACCUGGCGUGUCAAUGAUCGCAAGUGCUUUAGCGGUGGAAUUACUAAUUAGUGUUUUGCAACAUCCAUUUGGACAAUACGCUCCUGCAGAAACAGGCAUUGCUCAUCCCGAUGUAUCAUCCUCAUCCCUUUCUCCUUUGGGCUUAGUUCCUCACCAGAUUCUAGAAAGCUACUUGCAAGAUGGAUUUUCCUUUCUUCUUAAGGCAUUCAACUCUCCAACAUAUUUAGAGGAUCUAACAGGACUCACGAAAAUGCAUGAGGAAUGUCGCACAGAUGAUAUCUGGGAUUUAUCAGAUGCGGAAGAAGAAAUUACUAGACAAGUUGAAGAUUAG